UUUUAUUCCAGGUUUAAGUGGGCGUGCCGUUCCAUUUCAUGUUUGGCAGUAGAGCAGCUGCCUGGUAGCAGCAGCUCAGUGUGCUCCUCACCCGCAGAGAGGAGACAUGAGAUGUCCACUUCUCCUGCACUCUGUUCAUUUCUGACAUGGAUGGACAAACACCACUAAUGCUUUCUGUAUAAAUCUGUUUGUCAUCUCAGGUGAUGAGUCCAUCGCUUCUCCACCUGAUCUUCAGCUGGUCUGGACCCCUCACACACUUCUCCAUGGUGCUGCCAGAAAACACGUGCAGACCCCCCGCGACCAAGCGGGUUCCAAAACCGAGCGCGCGUCUUGGUGCCCACGGCCUGCCCUCGCCGCCCUUGUGCUGCGCGUGCGGCCUGUGCACGCUGCUGGCCGGCAUCAACAUCACCCUGGUAGGCGCCUUCGCUUUCGGCACCUUCGUCCCGAGCGGCAACCCCCCUAUCGUCAUCGGGCCGCUCCUUCUGCUGACCGCCCUGGCUUUCUUCGCGGCGUGCUGCGCCACCAGCGGCAGGGGCCCGCCGGCGAGCUCGGCCCCCCGGGUCAAGGGGCCGGGGCGGGCGGGAGCGGCCUUCGAGAUGGAAACCAGCGAGCACACGCUGCAGGAGACCACGGCGCUCCAAUUCAGCCCCACCAGCUCGCCAACCUCCUCGCAUGGGUCCGACGCCAGUGACGCCGCGCUGCCUGCGUGCUCUGGAGCGGGCAAAGACGAGCAUGUGCGUUAUGACGCACGUAUGGUCACUGAAACUCCACCAGACUUGAACUCUGCUGGCGAGUAGAUGCGGUGGUGACUACAGUCCUGGCUGUCUGUUAACAGGUUGUUGAAUGUUUACAGCUCACUGUGCAUCUGGAAAGUACAGAAAGGGAACAGCCGCUAGUGGAAAAUCGUGAGUAAUUGACCCCUCCAAAAAAAUUAUUUUAUAAUUGCCUGUAUUGAAAGUAAACUAUGAUUCUAAAAUACUUUAAUAUCAUGUCAAACUCAUCUUACAACGUUCACUUUAAAAAUAAAUGGUUUGAUUUUGAAAAUACGUACCAGAAGAGCAUAUGAUACAUGCACAUGCGACGAAGACUGUGUAACUUCUGCUAACAACCCAGGCUAAACUUAGCUCCUCCCUGAUUUAAAAAAGAUCUCUUCAGAUAUGUCGCAUCAACCUACUUCCUUUUCAUACCCAGGGCUUUGCCGCCAUCUUGUGGCAUUUUAUGGCAUUACCGCAAGAGCGCAAAAAAUGCAAAUAGUUGAGUAUUUCUGCAAAUAGUUGAGGGUAGGUUCCACAGAAAGAAAAAAAAUCACAACUAGGCUAAUUUGUGAACAACAAGUUUAUAUGCUAUGUAACUUUUUGCAUGAUUGCUUACCAAAUUAUCCUUUGUCAUGUGUCAUUUUCAGUGGUGGGUGUGUAGCAAAGCAAAAACAUUCAGACGUAGCAAAGACUGUCCUCCGUGACACGCAAAGAUUUAAAUUUCUCAGGCAUGAUGUAUCGCUUCUUUCCUAUUACCCAGGGCUCUGGCGCCAUCUUGUGGCAUUUUAUGAUUUUACACUGAGACCACUGUACUGUGAAUAGCUGUGGAUAGAUUCCAGAGAAAAAAACUGCAAAGAGUUGAAUUCAUGCUUGUAUCACUGAACGAUAAUUGCUAUCUUUGCAAUUAUUUUCUCUGCUAUUGUAUGAAAUGUCAUGAGUGUGCAAGUGUACCUAAUGAUUUGGUCUUGGAUCGGCUCUGCUCUCCAAAAACGUCACAGGGAUCCCGUGUGUUCAUUGCUUGUCGUAUUGUCUUCUUUGUAAUGUCGCGUGCACAAAUAAAGUUACUGUUGAAUGAC